AAGGGGAUUUGAAAGGAGGGGCCAAGAAUGGUGUCAGGUGCUGGCCAGAGGACUGUUAGAUAGAAACUGGGACGGCCCAUGCACACCGGUGACCCCAACAUUGAGAACCUUGGGGAGAUGGUUUCAGAGACUCAAGGGAGGAAUUCUCUGCAUAGACAGUCUUUCCAACAAGUUCUGUUUUUAAGUGUGGAGAGAGUGUAGAUGCGGGAGAGGACUUUUGGGGAAAGGGUAGAAUGUGUGGUUAGAGCACAGGCUCUGAGUUCAGGAAUCCCCACGCACCAUCUGUGGGACCCUGGGCAAGUCACUUAACUGGUUUGUAAAAUGGGAUGAUGAACACAGUCCCUGCCUCAAAGGGGUCAUAUGAUUAGGUGAGGUGGUUAGAAGUAGUUAACACAGCACUAAAGUGCUGCACCUAGUAUUUCUCCCUUUUAUUAUUGGAACAGCGUGGGGACAUCUUGAUGCUGAUAGGGAAGAUCUGGUAGAGAGGGAGGCUUUGAGGACAGAGGAGAAAGAAAGGAGACCAGGGACAAAGGGACCCAGAACCUGGUUGUGGAGAUAGGUGCCAGUCUAUGCCACAGGAAGGAGAAGAAGGAAUGCAGGGAGGUUUACAGGUUUGGGGUAUGUGGUUAAGGGAGGGCCUUUCUGAUAGGCCUCCUCUGAAGUAGGCCUCAGGGUCAUCUGCUGAGAGGCCCAGGCCACAGCUGGCCCAGGUGGGGGUGGGCAUCCCAGUUUAUACCUGCAGCAGUAGGGGGCUAUGUCCUCUUUGCCAGCUGCCCAAGUAUCACUCCAGGGAAUGGGGGCAGUUGAAUUUUUCUAGGGGCAGAGGACAUCUGGCCUGCCUUGCCCACUUACAAGGCCCAAGUGAAGCUGGUGGAUGUGGAAACACUUUGGAAGCAUAAUGUACCAUCUUAAUUCUUUUCUUUGAUCUUGAGAAGCUGGAAGGGCUGUGACAAUGUCAGAGCCUUCCAAGCACUUGGCUUGGGCCGUGCACCAUGUGAGGCUUCCACCCACCCCCUCACUUGGUCACCACAACAGUCAGGUAAAGUAGACCUUAUUAUUCUCCCCCACUUUACAGAUGCAAAGACUGAGGUUCAGAGAAGUUAAAGACCAUAUCCCGGGACCUACAGCUAGUACGUGGAAGACUUAGGCUCCCGACUCAGAUCUGUCAAACUUCAAAGCCCAGGAUUUGAAACCACCAUGAAAAUUUGUAAAAUCCAGCAGGAUGGGAAGAGGUGGAGGGAAUCAUCUCUUGCAUUUGGUAGAUGAGAAAACAGGCUGCAUGCUCUGAUGCCCAGUCCCGCCUCUGUAAGCCCCACCAGGUCACCUUGCUUUCAUCUCUCUUCUAUGGCUAGAAAACACAGAUCUUAAGAGUUCUCAGACCUUGUGCCCAUGCCGUUUCCCAACCGGGGGCUUGUGACUUUGGACGAGACAUCUUGUUUCUCUGUGCCUAUGUGUUAAAUUCCUGCUAUUAAAUCCCCAGCAGGUCACUUUGAGGAACAGGAAGGAAAGUGUUGCCCGGCCCAGAGUAGACAUUGCCAGAAGCCACACAGCCGUGGAUCUCCCUCCCACUCGGCCAUGAGGCCAGCUCCCUGUGACCUAGUAUUUAUUGAGAGCUUUGUUCUCAGAGCUGGGGAAGUGGUGGCGCCUGACCCAAGUGUGUGGCCACCUAUGAUUUCCUGAGUGGGGAAAUGGGGGGAGGGCCUGAGCAGUUCAUGGUCCCGAGGCUUUGCUUCAAAGGAGCGGGGAGGGCCCAGUGUCAUCACCAGGACUGAUGAAGAAUGCCAUGGGCAAGGUCAGGACAUCAGAAGCCUCCCAGCUGCCUCGGGUUGCCUUGGCCGUCGGGAUCCCCGAAUCUUAGAGCCCAAAAGGGCUUGGAGACUGCCUGUUACGAGUCUUUUUUUUUUUUUUUUUUUUUAAAUAGAUGGGGUUAUCAAGACCCACUGUGAGGAAGUGACUUUCACCUCGGAGAAGCUCUGGCCACGACACAGCUAAAGCGCCUGGAACUUGUGUUUUUGGACCUGCGUCCAGAACCCUGGGGAUUUCCACCAGGGCAGCGAGCACCCCCACCGAGAAUUCUAGGCUCUCUCAAGGUCCCAGGGAACACAGAGGAGCCCCCAGCUGUGACUCUCUGCCGAUGUCCCCAGGGAGGAGGAGGAGGAAGCCAGCAGCUGCCCAAGAAUGACUGGACACUCCUAAAGCCUUCUGUCACCAUCCAGGGGAUUUUUUGCACCACAAAGGCUUCCACAGCUGGUCUCCUCCCCACAGUCGCGUAGACCUGGGACCCCAGGAUGGCCUCUGGCCCAGCCAGCAGCCCCCGCCCGGCCCCCGAUGAGAACGAGUUUCCCUUUGGGUGCCCCCCCACCGCCUGCCAGGACCCACCAGAGCCCAGGGCCCCCUGCUGCGCCGCCUGUCUCUCUGGGAACGUGAGGACCAGCGAGGACCAGAUCUGUCCAAAAUGCAGAGGGGACGGCCCCCAGUCUGUAAGCCCAGGAAGCCUUCAGUCUCAGGAGAAGGACCACCCUGAGGCGGCUGAGGCUGAAGCUGGGUGCCCCUUUGCUAGUGUUGGCUGCUCCUACAAGGGGAGCCCAAAGCUCCUGCAGGAGCAUGAGGUCACCUCCCAGACCGCCCACCUGAACCUGCUGUUGGGGUUCCUGAAGCAGUGGAAGGCCCAGCAGGGCGUGGGCCUGGGGUCCGGGCCCAUGGCCCUGGAGCAGAAUCUGUCAGACCUCCAGCUGCAGGCGGCCGUGGAGGUGGCGGGGGACCUGGAAGUGGACUGCUACCGGGCGCCCCACGCUGAAAGCCAAGACGAGCACGUCCUGAAGCACUUCAUGAAGGAGAAGCUCCUGGCUGAGCUGGAGGAGAAGCUGCGUGUGUUCGAGAACAUCGUCGCCGUCCUCAACAAGGAGGUGGAGGCCUCCCACCUGGCUUUAGCCGCCUCCAUCCACCAGAGCCAGCUCGACCGCGAGCACAUCCUGAGCUUGGAACAACGGGUGCUGGAGCUGCAGCAGACACUGGCUCAGAAAGACCAGGCCCUGGGCAAGCUGGAGCAGGGCCUCCGCCUCAUGGAGGAGGCCUCCUUCGAUGGCACCUUCCUCUGGAAGAUCACCAAUGUCACCAGGCGCUGCCACGAGUCAGCCUGUGGCAGGACCGUCAGCCUCUUCUCCCCAGCUUUCUACACGGCCAAGUACGGCUACAAGCUGUGUCUGCGCCUCUACCUGAAUGGGGACGGGACGGGGAAGAGGACCCACCUGUCGCUUUUCAUCGUGAUCAUGAGAGGGGAGUACGAUGCUCUGCUGCCCUGGCCUUUCCGGAACAAGGUCACCUUCAUGCUGCUGGACCAGAACAACCGUGAGCACGCCAUCGAUGCCUUCCGGCCCGACCUGAGCUCCGCGUCCUUCCAGCGGCCCCAGAGUGAGACCAACGUGGCCAGCGGCUGCCCGCUCUUCUUCCCCCUCAACAGGCUGCAGUCACCCAAGCAUGCCUACGUGAAGGACGACACCAUGUUCCUCAAGUGCAUCGUGGAGACAAGUACUUAGGGCAGGGAGGGCCGUGCCAGCCACCCCCGACCCCCGAGGGAGCACCAGAGUAUGCUGCGGGGUUGGUAAGCUGACUGAGGGCCUGUCCAUGGCCCCCAAGAUCCCAGGCACCAUGCUGGGCUGGGCCGGCACGGACAGGCAGAUGGACUGUGGCUCGCCGUCAGCUUUGGUGGUGGCGGGGCCCUGGGCUGGGCCACAAAGGUCCGGAAGGAGGCGGUAGAUUGUUGUCCUCUGCACCGACCACAGUGAUGCUUGAAGCCUGGAAACCACUCCAGCCCUGCAUGUUGAAGCAGCCUGUGACCGAGGCUGAGAGGGAAGAGGGGCUGGGCUGGGGCAGGGAUGGUGAGCAUGGGGAGGAGGAGAGAAGCUCUCUGAGCGAAGCAGCUCUCUGGACGGCAAGGUCCUUGUGCUGGGGUUGGGAGGGUGGGGCAGCAUCAGGUUGGGACCUGGGUUCGAAGACCUUGAGGUUCCUUCCUGCCCAGAAAGUCUCCAGAUCUGGGCCUCCUGGUACAGGAGGGGCCUAGGGCUGCAGGGGAGCUAGAAACAUUCAGGAGCCUCAGGCUUCCAGGUUCCUCCAUCCCCUUCCCUGCCCCCACGUGGCCAAGCUGGCCCACCCCACACCUGCCACCCCGCCAUCUGGCAGCUCCGCUCCCCAGCGUGCAGGGGCCUGUGUGGGCCCCUGGCCUGUGCCUCCGCUGGCAGGACCCCCCUUCGCCUCUUGUAGGUGAAACCAGGUCCCUCAGCUCCCAGGAACAGCCAGAAGAGAGGGGGAGAAGAAGGGGGUCAGAAACCCUCUGCUCGCCUCCCUUGAAAGCCCCGCCUUCAGCGCUUUCCUGAAUCACAUGUCACCUAAUUAACCGGGGUAUUUCUUUCAGUCGACUGUUUGGGGCCUCUGAGGCACUGAGCAGAGGUUGUCCUUUUAAAUAUGUAUUAAACCAAAGAAAGAGAUUGUUUUGA